AUGGCAGUGAUCCUCAAUAGUAGCACCCUCCGACGGCGAAUUUCUGAUGAAUUGUUCACCCCUACCGUCGUUGCUUUGUGUCUGCUGCACUACUUCCGAGUUGAACUUGCUGCGUCUGGUUGGCUUAGGGGCGUCGACGGACGCAUCGGAACUGUGGUUUUCUCGGACGAAGUGAAAAGACUCCAAUUGAUCAACUCUUUUACUACAGACAUCUCCUGGCGGAUGAACGGCCGAGUUUCCAUCAUCUUUGGGCUGGAGUUGGCCAUCCUUGGUAUCAACUUGCUGCCACUAGUAUUUGCAAAGUCGCUUCCGAUUGAGAACCGCUCGAAGGAUUUAACCGUUCACGGUGUGGAGGAAGCGUUGGCUCUGCAAGCUCAAAGCGAUGGAGGUCUCGGACGCUCCCUGACUUACGUUGUGGUAGUGGUUGAUCGGAACUUGCGCCGCGUGUCAUCAACAAGUUACACGAGUGAACGGCUACUGGACCCACUUCUAGCUCUGGAAGCCCGUACCAGCAUGGGGAUUGAAUUUGUCAACAGUUAUGAGCUCAUUCGGCUCGGGUAUCUCGUCUACGGCGACCAGUACCUCAUCACUUUCGACGAAUGGGAUCUGCUGUCCUGGCCCCAUUCCGAGCGUUCUGCCACUUGUGGAACCACCGUGAAUGCCUACGCACUAAUUGGCAAACUAUUUGAGGAACUAGAGACCGUGAAAACAGAAGUAUCUCCUAGGUGCAUCAUGAAGGACUUGGCCCGCUUUCUUCUGCACCAGGUUGUUGUUCCUACCGCGCGCUUUAGUCGCUCAAGAACCAACGUCAAUAAUUCAUACUGGUCGAUUCAAGUGCGUCCGAUAGCGUCGUCAGACGAUUGCCAGGGACACACGCCACCGCGCAAGGCUAGCUUCAAGACUCAUGAGCUGUUAAUGGGUCUGUACCAUUGCACCAAUUGCGUAUUCAUCACCGUUCUCAUGCUCUCGCAGCUACUUGGCGCCUUCUGGGACUCGAUCACGACUGAAACCCAUAUUCAGUACGGUAGAAGUCCGCUACUGGGGCCCUCACAGAUUGUCGGCUCAAACGAUGUGCCGCGAAGAACAUUUUUACGAACCAAAACUGGUGAGCUCGCUUUUGGCGUAUCUGCUGUCCUCGAAGAUGCCACUGGGACAGCGAAGCACGGAUAUCGGAUCCGACAGCCUCGUGGGGACUCCAUCGCCUACACUCUUAAUUCCAUCGCCCAGCCAAUUUAUGAGACGUCAUGCGGCUUGAUCGCGAGUACCAUUGAAAAUAUCUACGACGCGAGCGUAGCGCUCGGUUAUAAAAACCUUACUCGGGAUUAUCUGCGCGUUCUUGAUGAAUGGGUCAGCAACAAUCUCCCAAUCCUGAUCAUGCCGUACUGGGACAACGGCCUUUACUUACGCUCGGCACAUCAUACCGUCGUGGGGAGGAGACGCGUCCGAUGGGUCAACUUUAGCAGGGGUUUUCGAGGAGUCAAUCGAAGUGUUCAUCACGAGCGUACUAUCCAGUGGCUGAAUCGUCCUCGUGGGGGCUGGAAGAACGGUUGGUACGAAGACUUGGAGGGAACGCGCUGGUAUUCCGACGUCGUAAGCUCCGCGACCGAUGCUCCUUACUACGCGAUGAACCGCGUAUUUGACAUGCGCUCGGGUAAAGAAUUGGAUUGCUCAAGUUCGGACGACUGCAGGCCGGGCUUCGAUUCCGUCUACAUCGCGAAUGGAACCGAGUAUGGUCUUUUCAGCUACGACGCGCACAACAGCCGCACCGUUCGUACUGGGAAAUGCUGCUCUCGAACGUCUAUACGGGACUAG